UCGAAUGUGACGUAAAUGAGAUUGACUUUUGCGGGCAGUCGCAUGGAAUUUAUCAGUUAUUUCUGUUAAAGUAUUAAACAUGGCUUCAAUUCAGAAAGAGGAAGAUUUGAAAAAAGACGUAGAUGAAAAUGGCCAAGAGGACGAACUAGACGACGUAGAGGAAGAUACCAAGGAUCCCGCCAAGAAGAAGAAAAAGAAAAAAAAGAAGAAGAAGGCAGAUUCUGAAGUAACUGGUGAUAACAAUGAAGUCACUAAUGCAACUGAAAAAGUUAAAUCACUGUCUGUGGAAGAUGCCCCACCUGAGGGUGAAGAAAAGAAGAAGAAAAAGAAAAACAAGAGCAAGGGAGGCAAAGGAGCAGCAAAGGAACAGACCAAUCCACCCACUAUACCUAUAGCUGAGUUGUACCCGCAGGGCAACUUCCCCGAGGGUCAAAUAAUGGAGCAUGGACAUGCUGAAGGCAUUGAUGACAGGACUGCAAAGGAGCGGUUCUCCAGUGAGGAAAAAAGAGCCUUGGAUAGGAUGCACCAAGACAUAUACCAGGAGAUCAGACAUGCUGCUGAGGCCCACAGACAGACACGACAGUACAUGCGCGACUGGAUAAAGCCGGGCAUGACAAUGAUCCAAAUAUGUGAGGAGCUGGAAUCCACGGCCCGGCGUCUCAUUGGUGAAGACGGGCUCAAAGCGGGGCUGGCUUUCCCCACAGGCUGCAGUCGCAACCACUGCGCUGCGCAUUACACACCCAACACUGGCGAUACUACAGUGCUUGAAUACGACGAUGUAGUGAAGAUUGACUUCGGUACGCAUAUCAACGGACGCAUCAUUGACUGCGCGUUCACUCUGCACUUCAACCCACGCUAUGACCCGCUGGUGAAGGGAGUGCAGGAGGCGACAGAGGCCGGCAUUAAGGCAUCGGGGGUUGAUGUCAGGCUGUGUGAUGUGGGCGCUGCAGUACAAGAGGUUAUGGAGUCGCAUGAAGUGGAAUUGGAUGGCACUGUAUAUCAAGUGAAGCCUAUCCGUAAUCUGAACGGACAUUCAAUUGGACCAUAUAGGAUCCACGCCGGCAAGACCGUGCCGAUCGUGAAAGGCGGCGAGACGACCCGCAUGGAGGAAAACGAGUUCUACGCGAUCGAGACUUUCGGCUCCACGGGCCGCGGGCAGGUGCACGACGACAUGGACUGCUCGCACUAUAUGAAGAACUUCGACCAGCAAUUCGUUCCGCUAAGGUUACAAUCGUCAAAACAACUCCUGAACCUGAUCAACAAGAACUUCAGCACCCUCGCGUUCUGCAAGCGCUGGCUGGAGCGCGCGGGCGCGUCGCGCUACGCCAUGGCGCUGAAGGACCUGUGCGACAAGGGCGUGGUGGACGCCUACCCGCCGCUCUGCGACGUCAAGGGCAGCUACACCGCGCAGUUCGAGCACACCAUCCUGCUUCGCCCCACCUGCAAGGAGGUCAUCUCGCGCGGCGACGAUUACUAAGCUAACGUUUACUAUUGGGGUUGGCAACCGUCAAGGGUUUGCAUAGAUGGCGCCAUCAUAGCUUGCCCUUUCUCUAGUUGAGUUCUAUGAGAUUUGGCUUAAAGGGCUGGCAUCCAUGACAUAAAAUUCCAUUAAAAAAGCAAGAAUUUGACACAAUUGUAGGGAUUGACAGGGCAAACUAUGCUGGCGCCAUCUGAUCUGCUAAAUACUUCGACUGGCCGACCCCAUUGAUUAGUGUUUAGUGCGUGUUAUACGUCUGCUACUAAACGCGAGUAGAACAUUUAUGAACUCGCACUGGUCACUAAUCAAAUUGUAAACGGUCCCUAACGCGGGCGGCACCUACGAAACCGUUCUCGUGCCGCGCUAGUUGGCUGACGAAAUUUGAACCUUUCUAGAUACAAUUAUGAGACGACAAUAUUUACGAUUACUUGCGUAUUUGAACAAUGUUGCGGUUUAAUUGAAUUUAACGGUUCAACUGUAGUUAGCCAAACUGUCAAGGGGCGACACGUCAUUGAGUAAAGAGGGACGGCUAAAAUAGUUUUGCUGCUGUGUGUGUUAUUCUGACAAGAGAUAAAAUUACCAAAUGAUUUGAUAGCAACAAAGAAUGAUCAUAUUAGUAUACAAUAAACUAUUCGCUUAUUAUAUUUUAAACAAUUCUUUAUUGAAUGACGUUUUCAUGUUGGCUAGCGAUGAGUAAAAUGUAAGUUACGUGAACUUCUUUAGACCUAUAAUAUGCCGCCAAAUGAAUGUUUCUGUUGAUUAGAUCAUAUGCAGAUGCUCGUUUCGGCGCAAUGUUUGUACUAUACCGACCAUAGCAUAUAUCGCUGUGUGCUCCUAACGUCAUAGCUGUGCUAGUAACUUACGAGAACGCUAAUGCGGAAGCAUUGGUAAUCGUUACAAAACAGAUGUUAAAAAAUUGCUCUAUUAGCCGGGUCCACACAGAGCGAGCAUACGCGCGAGGCAAUUUCCGCGCGCACAAAACGGCCAGUGUAGACGUGCCUCGCGCGCGCCGCCUCGGCCGAGGCAAUUUCCAAUUCUGAAAUUUCUCUUCCUGUCAGAGUCGUCGAAAUUAUCUGUGCAAGACAGGCUGCUCAAGUAUGUAUACACGAACGCUUUGACAGUAGUCGUGUUAAAUACUUGUAAACACAUGCGGUCGGAUAUACAUACUUAUCAGAUGGAGACUGUACCAGUUCAAUAAGGGCUGAUUUAGACGAUACAAGAACUCGCAUGCGAGUUUCAUACCAUUGCGGGUUUUGAUCGGUCGGUUGAAUUGGACGUAACAACAGUCCCCAAUGUAACUAAACGCAUGCGAGUUCGCGCGCCGUCUAAAUCAGCCCUAAUUCUGACUGUGGCGUUGCUGAGCUAUGUCGACUUAUGCGUUAAUCUGUCCUAAUUUUUACAAAAAUAAUUUACACUGCUGAACAUUGGACUUAGAAGUAGAUACUUGAAAACCUUACUAUUUUCAUGAAAUAUCAUGUAACUGUAAAAGUGACAUGAGACAAAACGAACACAGACAAACAUUAGACUAUAUACCUUAAAGUUUAUCAUUUUAUAAUUCUCCUUUAAAAUAAUAAAUACAUUAGGACUUAAUGAAAUAACUCGUUUUACAUAUACUAUAGACUAACCCUAGUUUGUAUACAUUUGUGUUUUGAAAAACUGUGUUGAUGUUAUUUGUUUCUAAUAUAGCAAGGGUGCAGGCAAACCACGAUGAAAUCGUGGAUUUUAAAAAUGUUCUAUUGAUUGCAUUAGUUUUUAAUUGGUGCAAUUAAGAAGAACUUUUAACAAGCUUAUUUUAUUUUAACCAGUCUUGUUAAGAUGCAAUACGAAAGUAUUAGCAGAAACUUGUCAAUAAAUCAAGUUAUUUGAGAA